AAAUACAAAAUUGAGGGUUUAACUUGACUGUCUCUUCCCUUGCCUCUAUCCUUAUGGCCACAAGAAGCCUCUGCUCCGAUGCUGCUUCCCUCACAAACCCACUUACCGUAGCCUUACCUCUCAAAUAGUUCAUCUCAGAUCAAAAAUACCCAACAAGACGGCUCUUCUUCUUUCCAAAGGCACUGCUAGUGUUUGUUGCGGCGCUAAGCUGGGGAAAAUUACAGUGGUGAUAGCUAUGGGGCUCUCCACCACCCAAAUUGCACCGUUGAGACCCAUUUGCCCAUCAUAUUUCAAGCUUUCCCAGUCAACUCUUUGCUUUUCAUCUCUUGGUGCUCCCUCCCGGCACUUCUCUAAUGCAUUUCACAGGUAUUGGGUGGAAAUGCCUUCAGGGGUAAUAGUUAACCUACAAGCAAGACAUAAGAAGAGGAUAUUGGCUUCCAGAAAUUACACUGCAGCCUCCAAUUUGGAGUUUGCUACGGAACUCUAUCAAAGCACUAGAAGCUCGUGGAAACAAAAGAGUGAAACCUUGCGGGAAUAUAGAAGGUUACAAAAAAGUGAAAGCUUACGGGAAUAUAAAAUCGGAUAUUCUCCAGUUAAAAGCGAGCAUGUGGAAGACAUUAGUUCUCCUUCCGUUGUCCAUGUAACCACGGUUGCUGAUAAAGUCAGUAGUCAGAAACAAGCAUUCUCAAGAAAUGGCAGAGGUCAUAUUGUUGAUAGUAAAGAUCAUGCUGUGUCAGUACCAUUCAGUACAGAACUAAGAACUACCGGUAGAAGCAAUAUGAUUUUGGGUAAUGUGAAUGGUCAUGCAAUUGAUGAUAAAAGGCCGAAUAGUUUAUCUUUGAAAAAUAUUUCAAGAGAGGGUGCACAGAAAAAUGGAUCUGUGGCAGUAAAGAGCAGUGUAGCUGUAGAUAAUAUAAAUGGUGGGGCAAUUGAUAAGAAAAGGCCUAGUGGUUUGCCUUUGGCCAAAAUUUCAAAAAUGCAUGCACAGACUGAUAGAUCAUUGUCGAUGAAGAUAUUGGAGCACCAGAAAGACAGAAAUUUCAAUGAAAUUGAACAUGUUAAUACUCUUCUAAUUGACAGUAAACAGACCAACAAAAAUCUUCUUGUGGUUAGCGAUGCUGAAAAACCCUCCAACACCAAACAGGCAUCUUGCCUUCUAGACAUUAAAAAGAAGCUUACUAGUAUAUAUGGCAAAAUUAUGGUUGUUAAUAAUGUCUCUAUGGCAGAUGAGGUUGUAUAUAAGCUUAUGAAUCAGUAUAGGCAUUUUGUCCAUGCAUGUGACACUGAGGUGGCCAAAAUUGAUGUGAAGGCAGAAACGCCCAUUGACCAUGGAGAGAUAACAUGCUUCAGUAUUUAUUCUGGACCAGAGGCAGAUUUUGGAAACGGCAAAUCCUGUAUCUGGGUAGAUGUUUUGGAUGGCGGUGGCAAGGAUCUUUUGGCUAAAUUUGCUCCAUUUUUCGAGGACCCAGAUAUCAGAAAGGUUUGGCACAACUAUAGUUUUGACAAUCAUGUCAUUGAGAAUUAUGAGUUUCCUGUUUAUGGGUUUCAUGCUGACACAAUGCACAUGGCGCGGUUAUGGAAUUCAUCAAGAAGGACUGAAGGUGGGUAUUCUCUUGAAGCUCUUACUGGUGACAAAAGAGUCAUGAGUGGGUUUCACUCGUGCUAUGAAGAGUUGAUAGGUAAAGUAUCCAUGAAAACGAUCUUUGGCAAGAACAAGUUGAAAAAAGAUGGAUCUGAAGGCAAAAUUAUCACCAUUGCUCCUGUUGAAGAGCUACAAAGAGAAGAUCGAGAACUGUGGAUUUGUUAUUCUGCUUUAGAUGCAAUAAGCACCUGGCAGCUUUAUGAGAGUUUGAAAAACAAACUAUGUCGUAUGCCAUGGAAAGUUGAUGGAAGACCAGUUGGAAAAUCUAUGUAUGACUUCUACCAGGAAUACUGGAAACCAUUUGGCAAGCUUCUAGUUAGAAUGGAAACUGAGGGGAUACUUGUUGAUCGGCCAUAUCUUGCUGAGAUGGAGAAGGUUGCAAAAGCAGAACAAGAAGUUGCUGCUAAUAGAUUUCGCAAUUGGGCAUGCAAGUAUUGCCCUGAUGCCAAAUAUAUGAAUGUGGGGAGUGAUACACAAUUGCGCCAAUUAUUUUUUGGUGGGAUCGCAAACAGAAAGGAUGACACAGACAGUCUUCCACAUGAGAGAAUAUUCAAAAUUCCCAAUGUUGAUAAAGUGAUUGAAGAAGGCAAGAAGGCUCCCACAAAAUUUCGCAGUAUUACAUUGCAUAAAAUUGGUGAUUUUCCUGCUGAGAAGUACACAGCAAGUGGUUGGCCCUCAGUUAGUGGAGAUGCUUUGAAGGCCUUAGCUGGGAAGGUCUCUGCAGAAUAUGAUUUUAUGGAUGAUGCCAUUGUGGAUGAUUGCGAGUUAGAGACAAUUGAUGAUUCAGAAACAAAAAUAUCAUCAGUUCUCAACAAUGUAGAUAAAUCUGCUUAUGGAACAGCUUUGCUAGCGUUUCCGAAACAGGAGGAAGGGAUUGAGGCUUGUCAUGCUAUUGCUUCUUUAUGUGAAGUUUGCACUAUUGACUCUUUGAUAUCCAACUUCAUCCUUCCCUUACAGGGGAGUAAUGUAUCAAGCAAGAGAGGACGUGUUCAUUGUUCCCUGAAUAUCAAUACAGAAACUGGUCGCUUAUCAGCUAGGAGGCCAAAUUUGCAGAAUCAGCCUGCUUUGGAGAAGGACAGGUAUAAGAUCCGUCAAGCGUUUAUUGCUGCACCUGGAAAUUCCCUUAUCGUUGCUGAUUAUGGGCAGCUGGAACUUAGGAUUCUUGCACAUCUUUCUGACUGUAAGAGCAUGUUGGAAGCCUUCAGAGCUGGUGGAGAUUUCCAUUCAAGAACAGCAAUGAACAUGUAUCAGCAUAUUCGUGAAGCAGUUGAUAAAGGGGAAGUGCUUCUUGAGUGGUAUCCUCAACCUGGUGAGGAUAAACCACCAGCUCCAUUGUUGAAGGAUGCUUUUGGUUCUGAAAGAAGAAAAGCUAAAAUGCUUAACUUUUCCAUUGCAUAUGGAAAAACACCAGUGGGUCUUGCCCGGGAUUGGAAGGUUUCUGUAGAGGAAGCUAAAGAAACUGUUGAUCUCUGGUAUAGAGAAAGACAAGAAGUGCUUAAAUGGCAACAAGCUCGCAAGCAAGAAGCUAGACAAGAUGGUCGUGUUCACACAUUGCUUGGACGGGCUCGCAUCUUUCCAUCAAUGGCUCAUGCAAGUAAUGCACAAAAAGGUCAUAUAGAGCGAGCUGCCAUAAAUACACCAGUGCAGGGUAGUGCUGCUGAUGUUGCCAUGUGUGCCAUGUUACAAAUAUCAAAAAAUGAUUGUCUGAAGAAGCUUGGAUGGAAGUUGCUUUUGCAGAUUCAUGAUGAAGUGAUCUUGGAAGGACCAAGCGAAUCAGCUGAAGUUGCCAGGGACAUGGUAGUGGAGUGCAUGUCCAAACCCUUCAAUGGGAAGAACAUUCUUAAAGUUGACCUAUCAGUUGAUGCAAAGUGUGCUCAAAACUGGUAUUCUGCCAAGUAAGGGCGCGAUUUCAUAGCCGCAAUUGGAGCUCAACUUGUGUUGAAAUCUCAUAAUGAGCUUUCUGAUAACCUUCAGAAUGGGGUUCUGUUCUAGUGAUGUCACCAUUUCCAUUCAAAGGUUGCAUUGAUUGCUAUUCUGAAAUUUGGUGAUAUAGCAGCAGAUUUUUGGCCAACGAUACGGAUGCAAGGAUGCGUCUUGUGCUGCUUUGGUGACUUUUUGUAACAAGAACGUAAGGAAGCUAACAAUUGAAAAUUGCUAUUCUUUUCCUGUAAAAUUUGUGAUGAUAGCUUAGUUACAUGCACAAUUGUAAUGGUUUUUGAUGAAUGAAGCUUACGAAAUAUUCUCCAA